GAGCAGGGGCAUCUCUCUGGCUGGCAGAGGAAGCUGGAAGCAGCCAGGAGGUAGCCCGGAAUCGGAUAAAAAAAAAAAAUCCCACAAACUGGAGCUUCCCCGCUUCACACCUGCGAUGCGCGCCAGGGCUGGCCGGGCAGUCCCUGGCGCCUACAGGUGCAAGUCGACAGGCUCGCUGCUGCUGGCAGACUGACUGCAGGGCGCUCCAGGAGCUGGGGGACGGGGGAGCUGGAGCCUGUGCAAAGGCUGUCUCAUUUCAUAGAUGAUAUUCUCCCCCCCCCUUCCCCUCGGAGGCUGGUUCAGUUGCUCAUGACGUGCCUCCCUCGCUGAGCUCGCAGCCCUCCCGCUUCCCAGCUCGCUCAUUCCUACCUCCUGCUGCAGCUGCCUUGCAUUAUUUCGCUUUCCUCCCCCCACUUUUCUCGCCAGCUUGAUUCAAUUUUUUUUCGCCGCUGCACGGAGGAGGAGGAAGAAGAAGAAAGCCGGCGGGGGGGAAAGUAGCUGGUUUUUUUUCCACCCUCCCCCCCCCUUCUCAUCCCAUUUUCUAUCUGCGUUUUUUUUAAAUUGCAAAAGAUGCCGGGGAGCCUUUGAUCCUCCUCCCCAGAUGAACGUCUCCUUGGACAGCUGGAACUCCUGACUCCGGAUUGCUUCAAACAGGGCCUGGAAAGUACUUUACGGAAGUAAAAUAACCCAGGACAACAGCUGGAGUCUGAAAUAAUUAGUAACCAUGACGACAGAGACGGGCCCAGAUUCUGAAGUGAAGAAUGCCCAAGAGGAAACUCCACAGCAGCAGCUAGAGGCAGCAGCAAGUGGGCCAAAUGCAGUGACCAGUAGCUCUGUCCCCACAGCAAAUAACCAGGAGGCUGAUGCUAAUGAGAAGCCAGGAGCCCACAGUGACGCCAAACAUGCAGAGCGGGCUGUGGAUAUGGAUGAAAAGGACUACAGUGAAGCAGAUGGGAUAUCUGAGAGAACCACCCCCAGCAAGACUCAGAAAUCACCCCAGAAAGUCACCAAAAAGCUCAAGAGUGCCAUCUGCAGAGUGACACUGCUUGAUGCCUCUGAGUACGAGUGUGAAGUAGAGAAACAUGCCCGGGGCCAAGUGCUCUUCGACAUGGUCUGUGAGCAUCUCAACCUUCUGGAGAAGGAUUAUUUUGGGCUCACGUUUUGUGACUCAGACAGUCAGAAGAACUGGCUGGACCCUUCUAAGGAAAUAAAAAAGCAGAUUCGCAGUGGUCCCUGGAACUUUGCUUUCACUGUCAAGUUUUACCCUCCUGACCCUGCUCAGCUCACAGAGGACAUCACAAGAUACUACCUGUGCCUGCAGCUCCGAGCAGACAUUAUCACUGGGCGUCUGCCAUGCUCCUUUGUCACACAUGCUCUGCUAGGCUCCUAUGCGGUACAAGCUGAACUGGGAGACUAUGAUGUGGAGGAGCAUGUGGCCAACUAUAUCAGUGAGCUUCGUUUUGCUCCAAACCAAACCAGGGAACUGGAAGAGCGCAUUAUGGAGCUGCAUAAAACUUACCGGGGCAUGACGCCUGGGGAGGCAGAAAUUCACUUCCUGGAAAAUGCUAAGAAGCUUUCUAUGUAUGGAGUGGAUCUGCAUCAUGCCAAGGAUUCAGAAGGCAUUGACAUUAUGCUGGGUGUUUGUGCCAAUGGCCUUCUCAUCUAUAGGGACCGACUGAGGAUAAACCGUUUUGCCUGGCCCAAGAUCCUCAAGAUUUCAUACAAGAGGAGUAACUUCUACAUCAAAAUUCGACCUGGUGAGUACGAACAGUUUGAGAGUACCAUUGGGUUCAAGCUACCCAACCAUCGUUCAGCCAAGAGACUUUGGAAAGUUUGUAUUGAGCACCACACAUUCUUCAGAUUGGUGUCUCCGGAGCCUCCUCCAAAAGGUUUCCUCGUAAUGGGCUCCAAGUUUCGCUAUAGCGGGCGAACACAGGCACAAACGCGUGAGGCCAGCGCCCUGAUAGAUCGUCCCGCCCCAUACUUUGAGCGCUCCUCCAGCAAACGGUACACCAUGUCUCGCAGCCUCGAUGGAGAAUUCUCCCGUCCAGCUUCAGUCAGCGAGAAUCACGAUGGAGGAGCAGAGUCAGAGAAGAGAGAAGACAGCAGGUAUGGCAGAAGGACGCUUUCCGAGGCUGAGGAUGAGGAGGUGACCACCCCCACAAAAAUAAAGGAACUGAAGCCGGACCAAGAAACCACCCCAAGGCACAAGCAGGAGUUUUUAGACAAACCGGAAGAUGUUUUGCUAAAGCAUCAGGCCAGCAUCAAUGAAUUGAAGAGGACCCUGAAGGAACCCAACAGCAAACUUGUGCACAGGGACAGGAGACUGCCCUCCUCGCCUGCCUCUUCCUCACCGAAACACGACGACGAGACGCCAAAGGGAACCCCAGAGAAGACUAAUGAGCAGCAGAUGCCCUACAUUCUAGAUGAAGACACAGAAGCAUCUUACCAGUGGAAUCCUUUUACUGCUUUUUCUCGGUCAGAAGAGGAUUCUCCAGAGGAUCUAUCAUCUGAGCAUGGAGCUGCUUUAAUCAUGGAGUCCUUUACCCAGAAAAGCCUUGUUUCUUCUCCUGAGGGUUCAGAGCAUUGGGUAUUUAUAGAAAAAGAAACUUCUGGUCUGGAAGAACUAGUACUAAAAAAAAUGGUUGAGAUCCAGAAGGAUGACACACAUGCAGGUCGUUCAGAGCAGCAAGGAAAUUUGGACUUCUCCAAAGUGACCAGUGCAGUAGGGGAACUCAAGUCAGCAGAAAAGCAAGAAGAGAAAGCUAGUGAAGAAAGCAAAAGUCAGAUGUACAGAAAAGCCAAAAUGAUCGCCAGCCCAGAGGAUUUUGAAUCAUUAUGGGAAGAUGAUGUCUGUGAGAGAGAAAGUAGAGAAUUCUCUUCUGAGACCGACAGCCAGACAGCAGAGGAAAAAGAAGAGCAAAAAAUAGCUAUAGUCUGCACUGAACCUCAGCAACCAAGGGACCUCUUCAAAGGACCCACAGAGAAGAGGACCGAACCUGAAGGCGUUGAAGCCGAAGAGAGACAAAGGUCUUUUUGGUCAGAGUCAUCAAUAGAAGAGAAUAGAACUAUCCUACAUGAUCAGAGAACUGUUUUGUCAUAUCUGGACAACGAAGUGUUAAAAACUAGCUCAGUUUCUGAGGCUGUUAAAACUAAGGUAAAAUUGAGUGACAAGAUAGUGUCUUCUGCCACAGAAAGGAUCAUCUAUUUGGGCUCUGCUGAAACAGAUGAAAAAGAAAAGAAGACCAAAAAUGCAUCUGACAAAGAGGAGCUUUCCUCAGCGGGGGAGAGGCAGGAAGCCCAACUACAGCUAACUGAUGAAAAUGGGGAGAGCACUAGGCUUGCUUUAGCUGUAGAUGCAGAACAGACAGAAAGAAAUAAAAAGUUCCAGUCCAUCUCGCCCACAAAUGUUGAAAGGAUAUCAGAGGUCAGUAAACCAAUUACAGAAUGUGAUGAGCUGAAGAUAAACACAGAGGACAAGAAAAAGUUGCACCCUAUAGAGCAUUCAUCAGAAGAAAGAGAUUCUCCUGAGCUGAAUGAUAAUGGUUCAGAAUAUUACAGGGAAUCCACUGUGUUCUUUACCACAGAGGAAUCCACUGGCAGAGCUUUCCAUGUAGCAUCGGCGGAACUAAAACCUGGAUCCCCGAGGAAUGAAAAAGCAGCUCCGCUUUCUUGUGGGAAAGAACAAAGCACUGAUGAAAUGCAGAAUGUUGGGAAAAAAUCUGGGAAACAAUCCGACAAGAAAGAGGCAAAUGUUACCACGGACCAAGUGGACAUUCUGUGCAGAAUUUCAGAAACCCAAAUGGGAAAAACCGAGUUACAAGAAAUUGAAACUUCACAGAUAUGUCUUCAGAUGGAAGCCAUAGAGAUUGCUAGAUCCAGUUCUGGUUCCUCAUCAAAGCAUUCUUUCAGCAGUAUGAAAACUUCAGAGAAAGAUCAGUUUCAGCUCCAGCAAAAAGCAGAAUGGUUAGAGGAGGAUGACACCCUAGUUUCAUCCCAGUCUCCACAUGACAGCGUCUCUGUAAUUCAUGAUCCAGCUGUAAAUAAAUCAACAGGUUCAGAAGGAUCAGUGAAGAGAAAAUAUCCCGAGCUGGAACAAUCUCCUAAAGAUGAGAUGUCUGAAUUGGAAGACCUGGCUAAAGGUAGACUCCAAGAACUAGAAGAUGCAGCCAAUGCCAACUAUCCUGAAAGAAUAGAAGAAAGGCUUAUACUGGAAGAAGAGUCAACUAAAGAUGAACCACCCACUUUGGAUAACCUCUCAGAAUUGAAAACGACAGAAAAGGAUGACUUCUUGAAGACUGGAGAUGAGCCCCAUGAUCUAGGUGGACCAGCUAAAUAUAAAUUCCAGGAAUUUGAUAAAGCAGAAGAGGCUGGAAAGAUCAAAACUCAAAAACUGAAAAGUAUAUAUGAAGAACAACACUGUGGAGUGGGAGAACUGCCCAGAGAUGAUCCUCAAAAUUCAGAGGGUCAAACUUUAGACUCAGAGGGACUGGAGCAGGACACAUCCUCUAAUGUAAAGCAGGUAUCCAAUGACCAACUUUUACCCCUGGCCAGCUCUCUUGAUCCUACACCCCUGAAACUGGGAGAAAUACUUAAAGAUAACACUUCUUUUAAAGACAAACAUGAGGCAUCAAGUGAUGUCUCUCAUACAGUAUCCCCAGAAAGGCACAAAGAAUGUUCACAGCUUGAUAAUGGUUGGGAAGAUCUACAGAUGGCCAGCAAGAAACAGAAACCCCAUCUGGAGCCCCUGAAGUUAGCUACAUGUGGUGCAGAAAUUACUCCAGCUCAAAAAUCGGAGGAAAUCACCGUGCCUAUGGAAAGUCAUGGGGGAUCACUGGAAGAAGUCUCUGUGGCUUCUAGAAUUAAGAUGUUUGAACAAGGAGAAAUAUGUAACCCUUCUUUUGAUGAGCAACCCACAGCCCAAAAGGGACUCCAUGAAAUUUGUCCUGGCAGUAAGGCUCCCACAGAGCCAUCAAAGAUGCAGAUAGAGCUACAAGCAGGUAUAUUUUCAGAGAAGAGUGGUGUUCAAGUUACAUCAGGAUUGAACACUUUUGAUAAAAAAACGAAGGAUCCCGAAGAAGCCUCUGACAUGGUCUACUUGACCGUCACACAAGGAACAAGCGAAGGAGAACCUUCUCAGCCUUCCUCUUGGAAAGAAGAUAUUUCUAUUGAAUCUGAGCAAGAAGGAGAUGCUGAACUGGCUUCUCCUGAUUCUGGCUGUGAAAUCACUUUGGCAGAAGCUGUGAGCAAAUUUCAAGAGCCAGCUUGGGAAGAAAAGGAUUUCUCAGUCCCACCAGUAAAUGCCUCCCCGAAAGAAGAGAGUUUAAAGGCUGCUUCUGCCCCAGUGGCCUCUCAGAGAGCGGGAUUGAGGGAGGGCACAGAGGAGAAGUCUAAGCCACCACGGCACAGGGCUCCUGAAAGUGACACAGGAGAUGAGGACCAAGACCAAGAGAGAGACUCAGUCUUCCUAAAGGACAACCACUUGGCCAUCGAGCGCAAGUGUUCAAGUAUCACUGUCAGCUCAACUUCCAGUCUUGAGGCUGAGGUGGACUUCACAGUCAUUGGUGACUACCACAGCACAGCCUUUGAAGAUUUCUCCCGGAGUUUGCCUGAGCUUGACAAGGAAAAGAGUGAGGGAGAAGGAGAAAGUCAGGUUUCUCCUCGAGACUCUGACAAACCAGCUCCCAAGCAGGAAGAUGAUGCCAAGGAUGGCGAUAAAGCUUCCCCUGUAAUUUCAGAAGAGUCAUCAGAUAUGAAAGCAGAAAUUUUGAAAAAAGCAGAAGAGAUCUCUCUGCAUCACAGAAUCACUGCAACAGAAACUACACAGGUUGAUGGAACCACCACAGGCGGAAGAGAGACAGUAACCACUUCACACAUUGUCAGCACAGAAACCAUAUCUACAUCCUCUGACCACAGCACCCCCAAGCCUGGGAAGGGAACAACAGAACUUCGCUCCAUCUCUCCAAUCACCAGCAGUGCUGUUGGGAAAGAAGCCUUCACCAGCCUUUUUGGGGCAACAGCAGAAACUCUCUCCACCUCCACAACCACCCAUGUUACCAAGACUGUGAAAGGAGGAUUUUCUGAAACAAGAAUAGAAAAGCGAAUCAUCAUAACAGGAGAUGAAGACGUGGACCAGGAUCAGGCUUUGGCUCUGGCAAUCAAGGAAGCAAAGCUGCAGCAUCCCGACAUGCUGGUAACCAAAGCUGUAGUAUAUCGAGAAACAGAACCCUCUCCAGAGGAAAAGGACAAGAAGCCUCAGGAAUCUUGACCUUUGGGUUUCUAGAAGUUGACAUCUCUAUUUUAAUUUGGAGUAAAGAAGGGGCCUUUUAUGCUGGAUUCCUCAAUGAGACACAGAACGUCCUGGCUGCAAGAGUAAUGUUGAGAGACAAAAAUAAAUAAAUAAAAAAGGAAUAGCAAAUAUAUUAUAUAUUAUAUAUACAGGAAACAAAAAAAUGCAUCCUUGCACUGCUGCUACAUGCUGGAGAAAAAUUACCAAGCCAACAUCAGCAACAAAACAAACCCAACACCUCUUCAAAACAAAAUUGGAAGAAUUGACUAGACUGACUUUAAAAGAAAAAAAAACCAUGAUGGUAAUAAUAUUAUUAACAAUACAAUAAACCACCAUUCUGCAUGUUACAUUUAAAGGAUACAUAGCUCAUUUGUUGCACACUGAAUGGAAAAGCAAAAAUGCUUUGCAACAAAGCAAGAAAUCAACAAGCAAAACCACAAAAUGAUUCCCUGCAUAGGAAAGAAUUUUUAAAAAUUCACCUGUAUGAUGCUUGUUUAAUUAUUUUCCAAUCUGGGAUGUGUGGUGAUCAUUCUUUCUCCCUGCUCCAUGCCACUUCUGUUGCUUUACCUUUUUGGUUCUGUUUAUUUUCCAAACUUGUAUUUCCUUUUUAAAAAAAUCCUUCCUCUCUUCAUCCAGUCUCUUGUUCUGAUGAAAAUAAUUCACUGGGUUUCACUUAAAGCAAAGCAAAAUGACAUGUAUAUGAUUUCUCAUUGAACCAGAUGCAACCUGUAGAAGUUUCACAUGGAUGUGCUUUUAAGUUAUGUAUAUUAUAUAUAACUGGGGAGGGUGGGGAAUGAUAUUAAAACCAAUUAAAGUGCUGAUAAGUAUGACAAUGACGUUUUUACAUUAUAAUUAUUUGAUUGACUGUGGUUGAUGUAUUAUGAGACUCUUAGAUCAUGCUGAUAUCCCAUGAAACAGAGUAGGAAAAAAUUCACUAAUCUCUCUCUUGGGGGCAGUAUUUGUCUGUCACACACCUAACCUGUGCUCUUGCAAAAGAGAUUGCCAUAGUGACACUGUAGUGUUUGUAAUUGGUUGGUUGGUGGAAAAGGCAGAAUUCAGCACUGUGGGAAGGUGGAUAAGAAAGUCAGAAUGAACUGGUGCUACUACAACCCAGUCAAAGUCGGUAAAUGGUGCCAUCCUCCUCCAGCCCCAAGAAAAUGAUGCCGUGGUAAGGAUAGGAGGCUAGUUUUCUUCCUUCACCGCCUUCUGAGAUCUUGAAGAUGUUGUCUCAGUCAUAAGCAUUUAGCUGCUAUGGAGCUAUUUACUCCAUGUGUCAGUUCUUCAAACUAUUUUUAAAAAAUCAACCCUUUAAUUUAGUAAUCCCCUCAAACCAAUUGGCCGCUGUGUUCGGCUCUGCUUCUGAAAUGAAGUUCUGACUAGUUUUACAGCUCUCCCAAAGAAAUGUUGAAGGUGAACAAGGAGGCAUGCUCACCCACUCCCAGAUUCCACCUGACUGUUAGGAUAACGCUAAAGUCAGUAGGGAAAUAGUACAAAAUAGCAUUGUUUCUCUCCAGAUACAAUUGACUCAUACACUUGCACAGGCUAGAACAAGGAUUUAUUUAUAAAGGAAAGUGAUACCUUGUCUUUUGAAAGUGCAUCCCUGUCUAGAUCACAGUAAGCUGUGAAAGUUGGGGCGGGGGGGGGGGGGGGACCAGCCAAUGCCCAGUGAGGACUGGCGCUACUUGGAGGUGAAGAAUAUGCUACUGAUGGUACCAGGCACUGGAAACUUUCCUUUGGGCUGUCCAUGAAUUGUUUACAUCUGUUGCAUGAGAAGGAAAAUUAAAGCAGGUACAAAAUGUAAGGACAAACCAAAUUCAUCAGUUUUCAAGGGGAUCCAGCUAACUGCUCUAGAUGGUAGAGAAGGGCUCACAAGCACUUCAUUCACCAUGCUUGUCUUUUAUCUCCCCUUCUCAACACAUCAUUGGUACUUGGAGAAACACAUCUAACUGGUACCUAUGACUGGACUCUAGAUAUCUUAGAAAGAUGGCCUUAUUUGAAUGAAAGUCAUUGGGGUAAAGUGGGUGAUAGCCCAUAUGGUAAGCUAUUUUGACUUUCUGAGAAACCCUAGGUCAUUGGUCUUUCGAGUUGCAAUGAUUGGUCUCCUGAAACUGAAUUUACUUCUGUCCUGCAGGCAUGACCCUGUAAGCAGUGAAAGCAUCAACACAGGCUUUAUGCUGAAAUGCUUAAGAGUCACUGCCACUUCUUCCACUGGACCCUUCUCUCUCUGAUUCUGUCUGAGGGUUCUUGUUGAUUUUUUUUUCGCUUCCUGUUGUUUUUAGAGACCUAUGAAGUUCUCCAGAACCAAAAGGGAGAGGAAAUAAGAUGCAUGCACAUAUAAUAAAUAGAAUGCCAAAUCAUUCCUAGAAACCCUUGUGCUUUCAAUUAAAAAAGAAACCAACAACUAGGGAAUCUUGGGAGUACCGUUAUGUAAGGCAUUAAGAGGGAAUCUCUCAACCUUCCAUUGUGAUUUUGAAAUCAGUUCAAAAGUUGAAUAGUUGGAUGGAGCCAACAGUCCUGCUCCUGGUGUACAUCUGGGUGAGUGCCAUAAACAUUGGUGGAGAUGCACUGCAUCAAAACCGAUAGGCUUAGAAUCCAACCCUGUCAACUAGUGGAAAAAGCUAAAACACACUUAUUUCUUUGGAUUCUUUCCUCAGCUUGUCUGAUGGGUAGCCAUUACACAAAAACGGUUUUUUUUCUUCACCGAGCAAGAUGUGGCUUAUAUAUAGAUACCCACACAUAACACACACAAUAUUUAUUAUUUGUGGUAGUACUAAAGCCAUGCAUAAUUUUUAAAAACUAUUUCCAGUCAAUUUGGUUUUCACUACUGCUGCCAUCUGAUCUAGCUGGUCACUCUUCUUUCUUUUCUUGGGCCCUUUCCAGAGAAGGGGGUGGGUGGGUGGAAAAUGCAACUGCUUAGUUUGCACCAAAUCCCGCAAAUUGAUUUCAAAACUGGCCUUGCAAUUGCAUGAAUGAAUUAAUAUUAACAAUUCUUUUUUAAUUUGAAAAGCACCUUACCAACCAACUGCAAUGCUCUGUCAUUCCUUCACUAAUUCCAUUGUCCACCCCAUUCCUAUUUUUGUCCCUCCCAACCCCACCCCAACCCCUUCAAUCAUAUCCUCCUUCAGUGCUUGGUGGUGUAUGCGUGUGUGCUCACUGUUCUUGUAUUCAAUAAAAGUGAAAUAAAUGUGUUUGAUGCUCAACCA